AUGAGACCGUUGCGUACUGGAUCCAGGGAACGUGAGGGACCUGAAUUACAGGUUGUCCCUUUGGAACAGGUCAGGAGUAUAGUGCGCGCGGAAGUCCAGGAAGCUGUUGCUUGUUUCAGGGACACUAUUCUUGAACUCAAGAGUGAAAUCUCAACUCUUCGUGAUAGUGUCUCCUUCAUUAGUGACAAGUAUGAAGCCAUAUCAAAAAGAUUUCUUGAGUUUAAUGACCAUCUGAAAGUUAUUCCAACACUCAAAAACGAGCUCAGUAUACUGGAUUCAAGAAUGCAAUCCAUUGAUUCUCAGUUCAACUUAAAAGAGCAGUGGAGCAGGAGAUCUAAUAUAGAAAUUCUGGGUAUCCCCGAAAGGAAAGGCGAAAAUCUAAUAGAAUUGGUCUCGAAAAUUGCCGAGAAGGCGGGUUUUGCCUUGAAUCCUCAGAUAGACGUCGAUUUUGUUACAAGGGUUGCGCCGAUGGACAGAGGCAGUAGCAGAUCAAAGCCAGUUAUUCUUAGAUUUGUAUCCCGAUAUAGGAAGGAUGACAUGUUGGCUAAAUUGCGGAGAUUGAAGGAAUUGAAAUCUUCUGAUAUUGGAUUCCCACAUGAUUCAUCUAGGCUUUAUUUUAAUGACCACCUCACGAAAAAUAAUAAACUUUUGUUAAAAAACGUAAAAAAUUUAGCCAAGGAAAAAUUUUACAAAUACGUGUGGAAACCGAUCAGCUGA